GGGCAAGGCUUCUUUUGCCCGGUCUCUUUUUCCUCUGGCCGUGGCGGGGCACAGCCGCCCACCGUCCCGCGGGGCUCGCCGCGCCGGAGGGUGCCGAGGCUGCCGCCCCACUCGCAGGCGAGGCGAGGGGCGCUCCCGCGAGGCGGAGGGGCCGUUGGUGGGGGAGCUGUAACGGCCCGGGCGCGGAGCCGGGUGUGUGCUGCCGCGCUCCUCCCUGACAGGCCUCGAGGAGACGCGAUGGCAUCUCGGGAGGCUUUGGAAACGUCCUUCUUCAGCCUGAGCGGUGUGAGAGAGCGGAUGCGGGAGAAGAAACAUGGAGCCUUGAAGACGGCGAAGCUGAACGCCUCACUUGCAUCAAAAAUCAAAACGAGGAUCAUUAACAACUCCUCCACUAUUAAAAUCUCCCUAAAACACAACAAUAAGGCCCUUGCCCUGGCCCUCAAUGCGGAGAAAGCCAAUGCAAAGCGGCUCACCCAGGAGAAGACCAUCUUGCAGAAGGAGGUGGAGCAGUGUCACUUCCAGAAUGCUGUGCUGCGGCACAGGCUCUGCUGUCUGAACAACACCCUGAAAGAAAUUGAAAACCUUAUGGCUGCAGUUAAGAUGGACCGGCUGUCUGAGUUCAACACAAGUUCUAUAUUCUUGCCCAAUGGCCGGAAGAGCAGCAUGACUGAAGAAAGCUGGGCUGAUGAUAUUGCAAAUGGUCAGCUUCUGAGGGCUGCAAGGAUGCCAAUGAGGGUGCCCGUUUCCAAGCUCUGUGAUGCAGGACAGCAAGGUGGCAGCUCCACAGCUGUACAGACACCCUCGCUACAUCUUCAGAGACCUGCUACUAACGAGCCCCUGGAAACUGUGCCUGUUGCCUCCAAAGACACUUUGCCACUACAGCCUGCUGAGAAGCCUCAGUCCCACCAGGAGCAGAAUGGGAAGAGGCAAACUGAAGCAAUGGAAGCACAAGAGGCUUUUCUUGACUCUUGCAUCUUUGGAGAGGCCUUGUGUACCACGCAAGAAAACUUCAAAAAUCUGCCAGCGCUUGCCUGGGAAAGUCAUGCUCUUUCAUAUGAGGGUGAUGAGAUGGGAAAAUGUUUCUUGGAUCGUCCCUCACAAGUGCACAUUACUCAGAGGAGGAAGCGUUCCACCCUGACUGCAACAAGCACUCCAUCUUCUGGUGUGCAUAUCUCCCCACUUGUCAGUUCCACUCAGGCAGCUCGGUGGAGUAUCACAAAGGACGGCGGCAGCUCCAGCACGAGCAGCACACAGCCACAGCUGACAUUUCAAAGCUGCCUGGUUUCGCCUAUUGAAACCACUGUAAUUCCUGAUAGAAAAUCUUUGGGUAAAGAGGUUUUCUGUGAUCAGCCACAGGCUAAAGAAAUUGGGUGUGCUGUUGAAACGGACCCCAGCUAUAGCCAAGGCCCGGAGUUUGUUCCUGUAAAGGUUAAAAGCAAACGUAAUUGUAAAACUGGUGAGAAAGCAACUGUUAAAAAAGCAAGCACAGGAAAGAAGAAAACAAAUGCAAUUAAAAACAAUGCAGAAAGUUGUCCUGAUCUACCUCAAGGUGAAGAGAGUGCUCAAAACGCAAAGGAGCUUCUUCAGCCAGAAGGUGAAACAUGUUCUAGCGAAUCUGGAGCUUCUGAGAUGAGGCAGAAGGCUUGUGAGGGGGCUUUCGACAGGAAGAACAGGGACUGUGGUGCAAAGGAGCAUUCUCGCUCUCCUGAUAAAGUCCGAGAUCUCAGAAGAACGUAUGUGGUGCAUCCAGAACAACUGCAUAGUCUUGGAAGUGGUGACUCACUGCAGCAGGAGGAGAUCCAAAGUGUAGAGAGCUUGUCAAAAAGCCCAGUUUGUACCUUCUCAAGUCAUGAAGUUCCAUCAGAUGCUUCCAGUCUACAAAAUUCAGUUUUCUUGAGGAAAGAGACCUCAAGUACCCAUGCUUCGCAAGAGAACUCAAGUGUGAGUGCAAAGAGCAUCAGACAGAAAAUCAACAGAAAAACCAGAGUAAUUAGGCAAAGAGAUGACUGUGAUGAGAAUCUGCCAACCAGUGUGAAAAUCCCAGAGGCCAAAGCUGAAGAACAGCCUAAAAGAAGCCAGACAAGGAGGAAAACAGCUAUCAGGAAAAGAAGUUGUGGUGAUCAGAGAAAUAAAGUUGAUGGUUUUGGGCCACAUGUAGAUGUUCAAGAAGUAGCUAAGCAGAGCACAAAGGAUUCACCAGCUAAUCUUAAAUGUAGCAGGAAAACUUACAUUGUCCAUCCUUUGAAUCUUGCAGAAAACUUGGGCCGUGCCCAGACAUAUUUCAAAGGGGAUGAAAUUGUACCUACCGUGUUGAUUCCUGAGAGCAAAGCUAGCAAAAUCCCCAGAGUACAGAGGAUGGUAGCUGCUCAGAGCAAUAAAAAACAGACAGAGGACCUUCAAGAAAAGGAGCAAGCUAAAGUUCACAACAUGAAGGCUUUGAAAAAAGAGGCUUAUGCCAAACUAAAGCCUCAGAGGAAGAGGAAAAUCUCUAGUCCUCCAGAGACUGAUUCCCUGGCCAAGCCAAGUGCCCUGACAGGGAAGUUUUCCAGCAUUACGGAUCUGCUGUCUGGGCCAGAUGCCUUCCUGGAGGAGCAGAUAGCUGAGAUAUCGCUUGCAAAAAAUCUUCUGGAUGUUUCAUGCAGUUUUGAAUCCUCCUUUGUGACCUGUUCUCCAGCUUCACCUGUCAGCUCCAGGCUUACAGAUGUUUCCAAGAGCUUAAGUACUGAGGGCAACAGAAUGCCAGAGAGAUCCUCUGUUCAGUCAGAAAGCCCCCUGAUAAUUAAAGAAAUUACUUCAGAUGAAAUACCUGGGGAAAGAAAGCAGGUUGAGUCAAAUUCUCAGAGCACACCUUCACGGGAACCUGAGAUCAGGCCGCUACAGGACUUGACCAAUGCCAAGACUCCAUCCAUCUCAGAAGUGUCAAGGCGCCCAUCCAGGCGGAGGCAGGACCCAGGCUGCUAUACAGAGCCUAAACUCAACAGUAAACUGAGGCGGGGUGACCCAUUUACAAACAUGGAGUUCUUCCACUCCGCUCUCUACAAAAACAAAAAGAAGAAAACUGCCAAAGCCAAGGAAAGGACCAAGAAGAUCAAAGAGGAAAAAGAAUGGCUUCUUAAAGGAUGUCCCAGCGCCAAGGCAGGCAACCUAGUAACACCUUCCACGGACAUGAUGCCAGAAGUAAACUAGUGAUUGAACAGGCAGCCCCCAAGCUCCUAGGGGCUUGUGCAUGUUUGCUAGAAUAAUUCCAAUGUUUUGUAUAGCUUAUUCUUUAUUUUGAUUUUAAAGUAUGAAUAAAGUCUACAUGGUCAGUAUAAAA